AUGGACAUUUCAAUAGAGCCUGAGGAGCGUUCGCCCCGAUGCUUUGACGGCCGUGGCUCGUUUGAUGAGGACAGGGGUGGCCCCUCAGCGCGCCGACAGGGAAGCGUUCGCGUUUGGCGCCGUUAUUGGUGUCGACGGCUGUAUGAGCUUCUUCAUGAGGCUCGAUGUGGGUUGGAAGUUGUGAACCACUUUGAUACCCUGUGGCCUAGAACUCAUCACCGGCUGAUGGAUCUGCAACAGCAUAAUAUGGAGUUUGAACGGUCGUGUAGUAGAAACUUCCCUUUUUCUAUACCAACACCUAGUCCAUUCUCUGAUUCGACAGUGCCUGUUGCUUUUAAACCUGAAUGCACAUGUAUGGCGGUGGCAGUACAAAAUUCUGGCUUCGAUUCAGAAUCAUGCCGUGUAUUUCUACACGACUUGGCCGCCCCAGGUUGCUUCCCAUCGCUUCUUUCAGCUUUAACUGAGAAUGGUGAUGAUGGUAGAGGAUGGGCUUCAGGAGUAAGCAAUAAUAAUUCUGAAUUGCAGAUGAUUUACAUAAGAGCUGAUAUAUCUACCUCUGAAGAAAUUCCACCAUCAUGCCCUGGUUGGCCUCUGCCUAUUGUGUAUAACAAAGAUUCCAAUGAUCAAAGUGUCGUGGUCAAAGUGCAAAUGCCACCGCGUGUUUCCGCGGAUCGUUUGCAGAGUGAUCUGGUGUAUUUGAAUUUGUUCCUAUGA